GGGACCUGAAAGUGAUGGGUGAAAACUAAAAUAAUGAAUGCAUUGACAGAGACAGGAAUCAUGCAUAAAAAGAGAGGGAAGCUGUUAAAGGUAUAUGCUAAAGCUACAAGAAACACAAGAUCCUGAAUAUCUUAUGCUGUUCCUCCUAUAAAGAAAACUUUACAGUGAAGAAAGGACAGAUUAAAGUGCUGUCUUUCAGACUUUCCAAGAUUACACAAGACACUCGCAAAAGAGAGGUUUCGAGCUGCGAAAAGGCUGCAGAUAAUCAAGCUCGGUCACCAAUCAAUCUACACUUUGUGAAAUUACCAGGUGGUGUUUUCAAAUAGUUCAAUUGGCAUGAGCCCAGUGAUUUCCUAGAAAUUUUAUUAGUGACUGGUGCUAGUUGUCUUCAUGGGUUGCUACCAUUCAAAGAGAACUAAAGAGACACCGGGGUACGAGGAGCCAACAGUACUUGCUGCUGAAACACCCUGUGAGUAUGCAUUUUCAAGAGACUCAUUGUUGCAACAUCCUAGUUUUACUGUUAGCGAAGUAGAGGCUUUAUACGAACUCUUUAAGAAAUUAAGCAGUUCAGUCAUUGAUGAUGGGCUUAUUCACAAGGAAGAACUUCAGCUUGCACUCUUCAGGAACAAAAACAGGAGGAACCUUUUCGCAGACAGGAUUUUUGAUUUAUUUGAUGUCAAGCGCAAUGGAGUAAUUGAGUUUGGAGAAUUUGUUCGAUCUUUGGGUGUCUUUCAUCCAAAUGCACCAGUUGAAGACAAGAUCCAUUUUACUUUCAGAUUAUAUGAUUUAAGGCAAACUGGUUUCAUUGAACGAGAGGAGUUGAAGGAGAUGGUAUUGGCAAUUCUGCAUGAAUCGGAUCUAUUGCUGUCUGAUGAUGUUGUUGAAACAAUUGUUGACAAGACAUUUAGUGAUGCAGAUUUAAAAGGUGAUGGAAAAAUUGAUCCUGAAGAGUGGAAGGAAUUUGUGUCUAAGAACCCUUCUCUUAUAAAGAACAUGACUCUACCUUAUUUAAAGGAUAUAACCUUGGCAUUUCCUAGCUUCGUGUUAAGCACUGAAGUUGAAGAUUCAGAAGUGUAGCAGAAAGGUAUCAAUCACGUCAUUUCUAGCAAAGGUAAUCCGCUCGUUUUGGAUCAACUCUAUUUGAGAGAUGCUCGAAUUCGCAUGUGUCAAUACAAGAGCUAGACAGACUUGAGGUUACAAACUCCUAAGUGCAGCCAAGAUCUGAUCUACAAGGUGCAGCUUAUUUGCCAUCGUAAACUUUUCUAAUGCAAAACUGGUAAAGCUUAGUUCGGCUCAUGUUUUGCAUGGUACAUUGCGUCACAGCAUCAUAAAUUUUGCAAUGUAAUAUAUAAAAUGUAUAAGAAGUGUGUUUUUACCUGUAUUUUUCUUUGAAUUAGCACUUAACAUGUAUUAUAUAUGAUAUAGAUAAAAAUUUCAAGGAUGUUUGAUAAGUUAAGGAAAAGUUUCUUUCAGAGAAAAGGGAUACGCAGAAGUCCUUACCUCA